GCAAUUUUUUUUUUGCAUUCGUGCAACUUUAUUUCUUACCCUUCAUAUUAAAAACUAAAUAAAACACCCUUUCUAGACAGGCAUUAUACAUAGACGGACUUUUGCUGCCGUAAAGCGACGAAAGCAAUUUCGCGACAGUUUGAGAGCGAGGGGUGCUGAACUUCCUUUCGCUUCGUCGGUUGAUCCUUCUUGCUCGUGUUUUAUUGUUUUUUGUUUUUUGUUUUGAAGCGAUGAUGGCGGCCGGUGAAGUCAGAUCCGUUUUAUUUGUGUGUCUGGGAAAUAUUUGCCGCUCUCCCAUAGCUGAAGCUGUUUUUAGAAAACUUGUAGCUGAGGAAAACAUUGAAAACCAGUGGAUAAUAGACAGCGGUGCUGUUUCUGACUGGAAUGUGGGACGCUCCCCAGAUGCAAGGGCUUUAAGCUGUCUAAGAAAUCAUGGCAUUCAGAUGGCCCAUAAAGCACGACAGGUUACAAAAGAUGAUUUCCUGACAUUUGAUUAUAUGCUUUGUAUGGAUGAAAGCAACCUACAAGAUCUGAAAAGAAAAAGCAAUCAAGUUAAAAACUGCAAAGCUCAGAUUGAGCUGCUUGGGAGCUAUGAUCCACAGAAACAGCUUAUUAUUGAAGAUCCAUACUAUGGGAACGAUGAAGAUUUUGAAACUGUUUAUCAACAGUGCCAUAGAUGCUGUAAAGCAUUUUUGGAGAAACCUCAUUAACAGAAGCAAGUGUUGAUAAAAGCAAAUAAUAUUUAGCUGUUCUGUAAAAAUAUUAAUCCAGAAUCUGAAUUGAUAUUAAAUUGUGGUGCCUCUAAAAUAGAUCCAUUUGAACAUCCUUAAUUUCAUGAUUUGCACUGAAACUGUAUAUACCCCACUUAAGAAAUAGUACGUUUUACAUUAGUAUUGAUCUUGAUCAGGCUUCCAUGUAAGGGGGGGAAAGUCCAAUGCUAACAGAAUAAAUGUGUGUGAUUCCUAGUA